GUAAAGCAUUAAAAUUUCAAAAGAAGAAAGAAAAGAGCAAUAAUUUUUUAUAAUUUAUACAUAUAAAAUAGUUAAAUAACUUCUUAAAAUAUUAAAGAGGCAUAAAAAUUAUAAAGGGAUUAAACAAAAUAAAAAUUAAAGUAGUUAGUUAAAAUGGGAGAUUGGUGCACAAUUGAGAGUGAUCCAGGUGUUUUCACAGAACUCAUUAGAGGUAUUGGAGUAAAAGGUGUUUAAGUUGAAGAAGUUUACUCUUUAGAAGACUAAUAACUCAUUUAAUAGAUUUAACCAAUCUAUGGUUUAGUUUUUCUCUUUAAGUGGACAGAUAAACUAGAAAAAAGAGAAUGUCUUCUCAACUAUGAUAACGAACUCUUUUUCGCCAAUCAAGUUAUAUAAAAUGCUUGCGCAACAUAAGCUUUGCUGGCCAUUUUGCUUAAUAAAGAUGAUCAAAUUGAUAUAGGAGAGGAUCUUAAAAAUUUUAAAACAUUUACUGCUACUUUAGACCCUCAAAUGAAAGGAUUAGCCAUUUCAAAUUAAGAAAACAUCUAAAGGGUCCACAACUCUUUCUCAAGACCAGAACCCUUUAUAUUUACUUAAUCCAAGAAGAAAGCAACUGAAAAUGAUGAUGUUUUCCAUUUUGUAUCUUUUGUUCCUCAUAAGGGUAAACUUUAUGAACUUGAUGGUCUUCAACAAGGUCCUAUUCUUUUAGGUUCUUACGAAAAUGACGACUGGCUUACUCUUGCUACUUAAGAAAUAAAUGCAAGAAUUUUAAAAUACAGCUAGGAUGAAGUUAGAUUUAAUCUCCUCGCUUUAACUAUUGACAAGCGUUAUUAAUGCUAAAAUAACAUAAAAUAACUUGAACUUCAAAAACUUGGUCUUUAUCAGUAUGCUAAAGAUAACUAAGUCGAGUUGGAUGCUAUGUAGGAAUCUGACUUUGCUGAUUUAAAUGCAAAAUUAAGUGAACAAGAAAAAUUAGCUACUUAAGUCGAUGCUUAAGUAAAUAAAGAUAUAGUUUUAGUCAAAAUAGCAGAUAUCAAUGAUUAAAUAGCCCAAUAAAAAAUAAUAAUCGAAGAGGAAGAAUACAAAUUCAAAAAAUAUGAAGUAGAGAAUGUGAGAAGAAGACAUAACUAUAUUCCAUUUAUUGUAGAGCUAUUCAGAUAGACAGCAAAAAAGGGCAAACUUGCAGAAUUGAUUGAAAAAGCUAAAUAAAAGAAAAAAGAAAAAGCAUAAUCAUAGUAAUAAUAAUAAAAGAAAAACUGA